AUGAAUAAUAUUAGAUGUAUAAUAAGUAAAGUAAUAAGUUUUAACUCAUUUCCCAGCGCUUUAAUAAGACGCCGGUACUGUACUAUAUCUUUUUCUAAUUUUCAUGGCACACUUCCCUUUCUUAACCAUUUUUACUCUGAUUUCUACACUCCCAAACAGACUUUGAGAUCGAUAGAUUCAACAAACUUCAGUACAAAGUGUUACUCAAGCUCUAGAGAUAGUGAUGGACCUGUAAUAGAGUCAGGGAGGGAGUUCGACGAGAUCCAACAACAGCUAAGCUUGUCCGAAUUUGCCUCAAACUACUGGAGGAGCCUGAGGUUGUCGAAACCGUUUCUGCUGACUUUCAACGUGGAUAAAUCGGUGGAGGCAAGGCUAAUGGAUGCCGUUAUGGGUUCGGGGGUGUUUUGUAAAAACGUCCCAUCGCUGGAUACAUUAUUUGAAACUAUACUCCAAUACAAGGAAACUAAAGAUUUAAUCGGGUGUUAUAUGAAUUUAGACAAUAAUUACGACGCAUUCCUUAACAUGAAUAAGGACCUUUUCGAGAAAAUAAAACUCAGCUGUAAUUCUCUCUUUUUAGACGUGACCUACACCUACUACCAGUCAGUUGAUGAUUAUAUGAAGACCUCGAAAAUAAUAAACUUAAUAAAUCCUCACGUUAUAAGGUUCUGUAGUGGAACCCUAAAGUUUCUGCUUAACACUGAUCUUGAGUGCCCACUUCUAAAAGAGAACUCCACCAAAGAGGACUUUUCAUUGGAAAGAUGUUACUACCUCUCUGAAAAAUACAAUUCCACAGUCAUUGACUCAAGCGACAAGAUAGCCGUGAGCAACCACAACAAUAUGGAGAUGGUUGUUUUCCCGAAACUGCCUCAGAUUUUAAACAAAAUCCACGGUAUGUUAAUUUGCAACAGGUAUAAUAACUGUUCUGGCGCUAUAAUUGCUUCCAUGACUACACUUUCUAGUGAGGACUUCCUAGUUCCCUCCAGUGCAGCAAUUUAUGGGCUAGAUUUUGUUUCGAGUGAAAGCGCAAAGAAAGCUAACGGGCCUGGAUCAAUGGUUUGUAAACGUUUUUUCAUAUUUUGUAGUUUUAUAAUUUCAUCGACACCUUAUACAACCUAUCAAUGUCUCCCGACGAUAUACUCGAACAUAAACCUUCAGUAA